AUGUCAGAGACUGAACACGUUAGAUCAACACGUGCCAUCAACAGUGGCUCAGACCAGGAGGAUGACAAGCAGCUGCAGCCAAGGAAAAGUGAGAAUAAAGAGGCAGGAUGGGGACACAUUGCUAUGCUGGACAAAAUAGAGGACUUUUUCCAGAUCUGUGACAGCGAGGGAAAGGGCUUCAUCACACGCACGGAUAUGAGGAGGCUACAUGAAGAAUUGCCACUUACUACUGAGGAACUCGAGAGCGUCUUUGACUCACUAGAUCUUGACAAAAAUGGAUACCUGACGCUGGGAGAGUUUUCCUCUGGAUUUAGUAACUUUCUUCAUGGACGGAGAAUCUCCAUGACGGAGGAACUAAUGACUGCACCCUCUCAAAAAGCUCCAGAAGCUCUUGAUCAGAGUUCAGGGGAUGAACAGCUGUCAGAGAAUGAGGAUGAUGAAGAGAGACAUUUCUGCAUGUUGAUGGAGAGCUUGGGUGCUAGCAAUGUGUUUGAAGACCCGAGUGAAGUUCGCAGCCUGUGGGCUCAGCUCAGGAAAGAUGAGCCUCGCCUCUUGUCCAACUUUGAAGAGUUUCUGGCCCGUGUCACUUAUCAAAUCAAAGAGGCACGACAAGAGAGGAAGGAGAUGGAGAGCGCUCUCAGGAGCUGGGGACUCAGAAGGUGUAAAUGUUGGGUGGAUGUGGAGGAUGUGCCACUGGAUGGAUGGCCUCUACGCAGAGUCAUAUCCAUCGAGGAGGACCACCUCCCUCACCUGCUGCAAGGAGACCCUCACCUUCUUCUACAUCAGCUAAGUGAGGAAGAAGAAGUAAGGGGGAAAAAAGAAGGUCAGGCCAAUCUAGAGACAAGCUCCCUGUACGCAUCCAAUGCGUCCCUUGCCUCUGCUGACUCUCCACCACCAGUUAGGGCGAAGAAGCCGUCUAAGAAGAAAUGGAUCAAAGGAAACUUGCCCUCAUCUGCACGGGGUCAGCCUGUCGGAAAGGAGACCCUUCAGCAGGGUCCUGCAGAAGGAUCUGCUGCAUCCCCUCAGCGCCUCUUUAAGGUCAUUCUGGUGGGAAAUUCCAGCGUUGGCAAAACCGCACUGCUUCGACGCUUCUGUGAUGGACAGUUUCAUUCUGCUACCGCAGCCACUGUGGGCAUUGACUAUAGUGUGCAGACACUGAAUUUGGGGGACAGUCAUGUGGCUCUUCAGUUAUGGGACACUGCAGGCCAAGAAAGGUAUCGCAGCAUUACCAAGCAGUUUUUCCGUAAGGCAGAUGGCGUGGUGGUCAUCUAUGACAUCACAAUGGAGGACAGUUUCAGAUCAGUCCGCCCCUGGCUGACCAGCAUACAGGAGGCCGUAGGCGACCCUAUACCCGUCAUGCUCCUUGCAUUAAUAAAAAGCAAUGUCACUGUGCCCUGCAGGUAUCGCAGCAUUACCAAGCAGUUUUUCCGUAAGGCAGAUGGCGUGGUGGUCAUCUAUGACAUCACAAUGGAGGACAGUUUCAGAUCAGUCCGCCCCUGGCUGACCAGCAUACAGGAGGCCGUAGGCGACCCUAUACCCGUCAUGCUCCUUGGCAACAAAUCGGACAAGGAGAAUGAGAGAGAAGUGCAGACAAAGGAGGCCGAUAUGCUAGCAGAGGAAGUAAACUUGAUGUUCUACGAGUGCAGUGCUUAUACUGGAGCUAAUGUGCUGGAGGCCAUGAUACAUCUGGCCAGGGUCCUGAGGGAGCAGGAAGACAGAGUAUGGGUGAACACGGUCAGACUGGUGGAUCAACCAUUAAAGAAGAAAACCUGCUGCUAGUGACCAUACACACACACACA